AUGUAUUCUUGGUUGAGCAGAAGGCGCCUUGAAGUUGGAGUAUCAGCAGUAGAGUGUGUGGCGAUUUGGAAAUCGUUAGGGAUUUACACAGACUCUGACGAAAAAGCUGUGGAGAGGUUCUUGGAAGUCUUUAACGACGAAACAUUCCUUCCUGGUGCUUCUAUCCUCUUCGAUCUCUCCCCAAAAGGCUCUCUAACAGUUGCGUUUUCGAAAGAUGACAUCAUUUCUGAAACCGGAAAAGCAAAGAUUGAUAAUAAACUGUUGGCAGAGGCAGUUCUUGGAUCGACUACCAUCAUCUAA